AUGUCGGGUUUUUUGAAACAAUUCGGGGCAUACAAAUUCGAUACCGAGUUUUUUGAAGGUUAUUGCAAACAUACUACCGGUGCAACUGCAAAAAAAUGGAACAAGGGCAGAGUUCUGGGAAGGGGUAGUGGUGGUAUAGUGUGGUUAGAGAAGGGGGAUAAAGGUGAGGUUAGGGCCGUGAAACAAAUAUACAGGAGUACCAUAUCGGGAUGCUCGCAAGAGUUACUUGCUUUGGCGGAAUUGAAAACGUAUCCUCAACACUUUGUGGAAUUCUUCGGGUGGUUUGAGAAAGAAGAAAAUAUCUACCUUGCUAUGGAAUAUGUCGAAUGCGGAAAUCUCUCAAGUUUUAUUACAGGAAAGGGAGAAAUUUCCGAAAACGUCGCAAAGUCGGUCACAUCACAGCUCCUAGAAGGAUUGAAGAUCAUGCAUGCAAAUAACUUUUGCCACCGGGAUCUCAAGCCAGAGAACGUUCUUAUCGCUACAAAGGAACCUUUGGUCGUCAAAAUCGGGGAUUUCGAGAUUCUGGACGACUUUUUCGACACAGGAACAUCAGUAUAUGACAAUUCCGUUGAUAUAUGGUCACUUGGGUGUCUAGUGCAUACCAUGCUUACCGGAGAUACACCAUUUAAUACGUCCGAGCUUAACGACUAUGCUCUGGGUAGGAUUAUGUUCCCGACUGCAAAACUUGUCGCGAAGAAAGCGCCCGCCGAAGCAAUCGAUUUCAUUACCAGAUUGCUAGCCCCACACCCAAAAGACCGGUUUACCACUCAGAAAGCCCUCCAAGAACCUUGGUUAGGUCCCAAAGAUGCUAUCUUCUGGAUGAAAAUUCUAUGUGACCUGGAGCGGAAGUCAUUCUUCAUACCGAUGAUCCUGAACAAGAACAAGCCUAUUGCAAAACCAUUAGAGGGGAAUGGCAUGCUAUUAGUUAAAGUGAUCUUCUCGGGGACGGAAGAUUCCAUCAGAUUAGCCCUGAGGAAGGGAAAGCUAACGAGAUCUGAGGCCGAACCCGCGAGAGCUCUCCGCCUGGCAGUCGAGAAGGGAGACUUAAGCUUAGUGAGUCUACUUUUAGAGAAUGGAGUAGAAGUCAUGGUAAAAGAGAAAGAUGGCUACACAGCACUGCAUGUGGCGGCUAUUAUGGGAGGGGUAGAUAUAUCAAAGUUGCUUCUGGACAAAGGAGCAGAAGUCUCUGCCACCGCCCACAAGGAUGGAAAAACACCACUACACAUGGCAGCGUAUGGUGGCCAUGUCGACGUAGCUGAUUUGCUAUUAAGAGCGGAGCGGAUUUUGAAGUAA